GGCGAUCAUUUCCUUUAACCUCCUCAACCUUCCCAAAACUCGAUGAAGUUUCUGUGUCCCCUCUCUCUCCGUCAUUGUUGCAGAAGCGAUUUCUAGGGUUGCCAGUCGGAUUUCUUCAGGCCAAUUCACACACCAAAACGCAAAACUUCGCACACUGCAUUCUGCGUUUUGAUAGUAUUCGAAAAUCCCUAAUUCCAAUUCGCCUUAAAAACUUCCCAAUUCAAUCUGAUGAGUAAUGACUCUCGCCACCAGUGAAUGGCUCGCUUCCGCACUCCCACUCUCCUCCUCGCAUUCCUCUCCGCCCUUGUUGCCCUAACCGCAAACCCUAGCCACCUCCUCCUCGCGUCCGAAGAUGAUGACUUUCCGAUUAACGAUUCCGAUUCCUAUCUCUUCCACCAAGACUACUCGCCGCCGGCUCCGCCACCUCCUCCGCCGCUCCCGCCGUCGGUCUCUUGCACCGAUGACCUCGGUGGCGUCGGCUCUCUGGACGCCACGUGUCAGAUAGUCUCCGAUUCGAACCUCACCAGCGACGUGUACAUAACAGGGAAGGGCAACUUUUAUAUCCUGCCCGGGGUGAGAUUCGGCUGCGCGAUUCCUGGCUGCGCGAUAAUUAUUAACAUUACUGGUAACUUUAGCUUAGGCAGCAACGCGUCGCUUUUGGCCGGGGCUUUCGAGCUCACGGCGUGCAAUGCCAGCUUCCUCAACGGCUCGGCGCUGAACACGACGGCUUUGGCUGGGAAGCCGCCUCCGCAGACAAGUGGGACUCCGCAGGGGAUAGAUGGGGCGGGUGGGGGACACGGAGGGCGUGGGGCGUGUUGUUUGGUGGACAAGACGAAGCUUCCGGAGGACGUCUGGGGUGGGGAUGCAUACUCGUGGUCGACGCUGCAGAGGCCGGCUAGUUUUGGGAGCCGAGGCGGGUCGACGAGUAAGGAGGUGGAUUAUGGAGGUUUAGGUGGAGGGAGGGUGAGGCUCCAAGUGAAGGAAUUGCUGGUGGUGGAGGGAAGUGUUUUGGCUGAAGGCGGUGGCGGAGGGAAUAGAGGUGGCGGUGGUUCUGGUGGCAGUAUCUACAUUAAGGCUCAUAAAAUGACUGGUAGUGGCAGGAUAAGUGCCUGUGGUGGUGAUGGUUACGCUGGUGGUGGUGGUGGAAGAGUGUCAGUUGAUGUCUAUAGCAGGCAUGAUGACCCCAAAAUUUUUGUGCAUGGAGGAAAUAGCUAUUCUUGUCCAGAAAAUGCAGGCGGGGCUGGGACUUUAUAUGAUGCAGUUCCUCGAAGCCUUAUUGUUAGCAAUCAUAACAAGUCAACAGAUACAGAAUCACUUCUUAUGGAAUUUCCUUAUCAGCCUCUUUGGACAAAUGUUUAUAUUCAAAAUAAGGCGAGGGCGACUGUCCCAUUGCUUUGGAGUCGUGUCCAGGUGCAAGGACAGAUAAGCCUUUUGAGUGAUGGUGUGCUAAGCUUUGGACUUCAACAUUAUGCUUCAUCAGAGUUUGAGUUAUUGGCUGAAGAAUUGUUGAUGAGCGACUCUGUAAUCAAAGUGUAUGGGGCCUUACGCAUGACUGUAAAAAUGUUCUUGAUGUGGAAUUCCAAGAUGCUCAUUGAUGGUGGAGGGGAAGAAGCUGUUGAGACAUCCUUACUCGAGUCUAGCAACUUGGUGGUUCUCAGGGGAUCAUCUGUGAUACACUCUAAUGCAAAUCUGGGAGUUCAUGGACAAGGUUUAUUGAACUUAUCAGGACCUGGAGAUUGGAUUCAAGCACAACGUCUGGUUCUAUCGCUAUUCUACAGUAUUCAUGUUGGACCGGGAUCUGUUUUGCGUGGUCCUUUAGAGAAUGCCGCAUCUGAUUCUGUAACACCAAAGCUUUAUUGUGAAAACAAAGAUUGCCCCUAUGAGCUACUUCUUCCACCUGAAGAUUGCAAUGUGAACUCAUCCCUGCCCUUUACUCUUCAGGUAUGCCGAGUUGAGGAUAUCAUUAUUGAAGGCCUCAUAAAAGGAUCUGUUGUUAAUUUUCACCGGGCAAGGACCAUUGCUAUCCAUUCUUCUGGAGAAAUAAGUGCAUCAGGAAUGGGUUGUACUGGUGGUAUUGGCAGUGGCAACAUUUUAAGCAAUGGAAUUAGCAGUGGUGGCGGGCAUGGAGGUAAAGGUGGGGUGGCAUGUUAUAAUGGCAACUGUAUUGAGGGUGGAAUCUCAUAUGGGAAUGCAAAGUUGCCUUGCGAACUUGGUAGUGGAAGUGGAUAUGACCUUUCAGCUGGCUUAACUGCUGGCGGUGGUAUUAUCAUAAUGGGUUCUUCAGAACAUCCCUUGUCAAGUUUGUCUGUUGAAGGCGCGAUGACAGCUGAUGGUGAAAGUUUUGAAGGGACUGUUGUGGAGGAAAAGUAUGCCCUUGUUGAUAACACAACUGGAGGGCCUGGGGGUGGGUCUGGUGGAACUAUACUUCUGUUCUUGCGAACACUAGCUCUUGGUGAGACUGCUAUUCUUUCAAGUGUUGGGGGAUAUGGUAGUUCCAUCGGUGGUGGUGGAGGUGGUGGUGGAAGGAUUCAUUUUCAUUGGUCAGAUAUUCCCACUGGAGAUGUGUAUCAGCCCAUUGCAAGUGUGGACGGAAGCAUCCUUGCAGGGGGAGGGGUGGGUAGAGACCAGGGUGGUGCUGGAGAAAAUGGAACAUUGACAGGUGCAGAUUGCCCAAAAGGUCUCUAUGGGACCUUUUGUGAGGCAUGUCCAGCUGGUACUUACAAGAAUGCUAUUGGGUCUGAUAGGGCACUCUGUCAUCAUUGUCCUGCUACUCAGCUUCCCCCUCGUGCGAUUUAUAUUCCUGUCCGAGGUGGUGUUGCUGAGAUUCCUUGUCCUUACAAAUGCAUUUCAGACAGAUAUCACAUGCCAAACUGUUUUACAGCUCUUGAAGAAUUGAUUUACACAUUUGGUGGGCCUUGGCUAUUCGGUCUUCUUCUGAUUGGGCUCCUCAUCCUGUUGGCUUUGGUACUCAGUGUUGCACGUAUGAAAUUGGUUGGGGUUGAUGAAUUACCAGGCCCUGCUCCCACUCAACAUGGCUCACAAAUAGACCACUCUUUCCCUUUCCUAGAGUCAUUGAAUGAGGUUUUAGAAACAAACAGGGCUGAGGAGUCACAGAGCCAUGUGCACCGGAUGUAUUUUAUGGGUCCUAAUACUUUUGGUGAUCCUUGGCAUUUGCCCCACACACCUCCAGAACAAAUAAAAGAGAUUGUAUAUGAGGGGCCAUUCAAUACAUUUGUCGAUGAGAUUAAUUCCAUAGCCACUUAUCAGUGGUGGGAGGGAGCAAUGUACAUCAUUCUUUCUGUUCUUGCAUACCCGCUUGCAUGGUCAUGGCAGCAGUGCCGCCGAAGAUUGAAAUUGCAACAUCUACGUGAAUUUGUUCGAUCGGAGUAUGAUCAUGCCUGCUUACGGUCCUGCCGUUCGCGUGCUUUGUAUGAAGGGAUUAAGGUAGCUGCAACUUCUGAUUUAAUGCUAGCAUAUAUCGACUUCUUCCUUGGUGGUGAUGAAAAGAGAACUGAUCUUCCCCCCCGUUUACAUCAAAGAUUUCCUAUUUCAUUACCCUUUGGAGGUGAUGGAAGUUACAUGGCCCCUUUCUCACUUCACAGUGAUAACAUUCUUACAAGCCUCAUGAGUCAGUCAGUCCCGCCUACCGCAUGGUACCGUAUGGUUGCUGGUUUGAAUGCACAGUUACGCUUAGUUUGCCGUGGACGGCUAAGAGUUACACUUCAGCCUGUCCUUCGGUGGCUAGAACAUUAUGCCAAUCCUGCCUUGAAGAUUUAUGGUGUACGUGUUGAUCUUGCCUGGUUUCAGGCUACAUCUUUUGGUUAUUGUCAUUAUGGGCUCGUGGUGGAUGUUCUUGAAGAAGACAGUGAACCUGCCUCUGUUAGGAACAUUGAUGGAGAAAUACGAACUGAAGAAUCACGUGCAAACUACAAAGAAGAUUCAUCUGGUCAUUUGAGAGAAUCGCUCCUAAACCAGUCUCGCAGAAGUGAAAAUUUUAUGAGGCCAAAAAGAGAAUACGGAGGGAUUAUAGAUGCUAACAACUUACAAACGCUUGAAGAAAAGAGAGACAUGUUUUAUCUUCUCUCUUUUAUACUUCAUAAUACUAAACCUGUUGGACACCAGGAUCUUGUUGGUUUGGUCAUCUCAAUGCUUCUUUUAGGAGAUUUGAGCUUAGUUUUGCUUACAUUACUCCAGCUGUAUUCGAUUUCAUUGGUGGACGUCUUUCUGGUUCUAUUUAUUUUACCCCUUGGCAUACUUCUCCCGUUUCCUGCUGGUAUCAAUGCUCUAUUCAGUCAUGGACCUAGACGCUCUGCUGGGCUUGCACGUCUUUAUGCUUUGUGGAACCUUACAUCCUUGUUUAAUGUUGCGGUUGCUUUUGGUUGCGGUUACGUUCAUUAUAGCACUCAAUCAUCAAGUAAAAAGCAUCCCUUUCAACCGUGGAGUAACAUGGACGAAAGUGAAUGGUGGAUUUUUCCCGCCGGUCUGCUGCUUUGUAAAGUUUUUCAAUCCCAGCUAGUCAAUUGGCACGUUGCGAAUCUGGAGAUUCAGGACCGUUCGUUGUACAGCAAUGAUUUUGAGCUCUUCUGGCAGUCGUGAUGUGAUGAUCGUAUUUAACAAGAAGAUACUAACAAGUUGCUUCGGUUCUUUUAUCGUGAUACGUUUCUGUUGUGCGUUAUAUUUCGGCAGUAGCCGGUAGGCAGUAGGCAGUAGGUGAGUGAUUGACAAUUUGACAGGACAUAGGUUAGAAAAAAUGAAAAGAAAGAGAGUGCUGAAAUAUGAACAACAUUCGUGAAAGUAAAACGAAAGAAAUACACUAGAGAGAAGGGCGGGGGAGAGAGACAGGGAUUGAUUUAUGCAACCACUUUUGAGUUAUGAACAAUGGGAAGCAAGUUAAUUUGUAAAUGGUAAUUGGUCACUCAGCCCUAACUUUUAAGUGUAAUCAGGACUGACUGAGUCCGUUUUAAUAAUAAUAGUUAUUAUUAUUGUUGUUGAACGCCA